GUUGAUCAUUCAGAGGCCUUAGAGAUGUGCUUUAUAGGGUUAAGAUCCAAACUCACUGCACUUCAUCUUCUAGAAGUCAUAGUUCACACCAAAGGAGCAGAAACAUGACAUGGCUGAGCCAAAGUCCUGUUCCUGACAGACGGCGCCACUUCAGCUCAAGGUCAAAUCAGCUGUUUGGCUCUUCAUUUAGCCUUAAUGAACGGAAAAUAAAGGAUGCGGGCCCAGAGUUCAUCCAAAUGCUGGAGGAGCCUCUGGUGGAUUUAGAGCUGCCUAAUUCUAUUGUGUCAAACAAAGGGAGGUCACGAUCAAACCAAAGGGACUUGACAGUGAUGAUGCCAAACGCACAGAACAUUCUGCUCAAGUGUGACGUCAAGUCCCGAGGAGCCGACGUCUUUGAUAUGAUCGUCGCUCAUGCAAACCUCGUGGAACACUUUUACUUUGGCCUUGCAUAUAGUGAUGGUAAUACACCUAGUUUUGGUUUGGUGCAGUGA